CUAGUUUCUCGGAGGGAAAGCUUGAUAUAUUGAAUUGAUAAAAGUGAUCUGAUAUUUCUAUUAUCCUGUGUGGAUUAAGAUUAAGUGGACAUAUUUAAAAAUUUGCAUUGCAGGUACAAAUAAAUAUACAACAUGGGAAAUGUACAUUCCCCUCCCAAGCCCAUACAACCACCCGAAGAUCUACAUGUUUUCAAAGGAAUGGACACUGUACCAAUGGAAUAUAGUAUUCCGGAAAUUACUGGGAAGCGUAAACCAACCGAUCGAUUUUUUCUUAUACUCUACAUUUUUCUGUUAGUCGUAUGGGCUGUGGUCUCCGCAUUUACCCUAUGGUAUUCUGAUUUGAAGAGAAUAACCAACGGUUACGACAAUUGUGGAAAUGUUUGCGGAGAGGAGAAUCCAUAUAUCGAUGGUAUUAACUGUACUGGAAAGGAUUAUCGUGAAGAAAAGUUUCUUCUAUAUGAACACAGUUCAGCUGCAUUCAACUUAGAUAAUCUCGACCUAGAACCUAAUGAAUGCGUUCGAAAAUGUGAUCGUAAAGAAUAUUUCACCAUUAUGAAUAGAUGUUUCCAAAUUGCACACGAUAACGAUUCUGAAAAAGCUAUGGUCGAACUUGAUUUGAUAAUAGAUCAGCAAAUACUGCAAGACCUGAAAAAUUCUACUGGUUAUAUCGUUGGAAUGGUUUUCAUUGCCCUAGGAUUCUGCUUCAUCACGCUUAUCCUCUUCAAAUACCUUCUUGGAUUUAUAAUAAGAUCAGUAUUAAUUCUGACCAUGAUUGUUUCUAUCGUUUAUGUGGCAAUUAUUUGUACAUCUGGUCGGAAAUUUGGCAUUGGAGCAAAGAUUUUCGCAGCCCUACUCUGUUUGGUAUUGAAUAUCGGUGUUAUUUUGAGUUGGAAGAAAGUGAACUUCGUCAUAAGAAUUUUCAAGGAAACUACCCAAGUUAUAUUCACUAUGCCUUUUUUGAUGCUUGUUCCUAUUUGGGUUUUCCUUAUUGAAAUCCUUUUGACACUAAUUUUUAUUUUCCUAUUGGUAAUGUUUUACACUUCUGGAAUACUAACUCACAUCUUUGGACCAUACUACACAUAUAUGCCUACUGGAAUGAUGGUUUUGGCGUUGUUCUCUACGAUUUUAAUAUUUUGCUAUACAUGCGAAUUUCUGAAUGGGUGCCAACGUAUGAUCGUGGCUGGAUCCGUAUCGACAUGGUAUUUCACUAGAGAUAAAGAAAAUAUUCUUGGAUCACCAAUCACUGAAAGUUUCAGGAUUUUGAUAAAAUAUCAUCUAGGCUCGGUAGCUUUUGGUUCUUUCAUCAUAUCAUUCAUGAAUAUUGUAAGAAUUAUCGUUAAAGGAAUGUCAAAGAAAAAGGAAUUUUUCCUUUUUCGGUUCGUGAUUAGUUGCUGUGUUGACUUUCUGGAGGAGGUGAUACAUUAUAUUUCCAGUCAAGCCUACAUAAUGAUUGCAAUGCAUGGCGAACCGUUCAUACCAUCCGGAAAAAGAGCCACGAAACUUCUUAUUGAAAAUGCCUUGAAUACACUAGCUGUGAACUCAAUUGGAGAUUUUGUUUUGCUCCUUGUGAAAAUUUUGAUAACUUUAUUAACUAUCAUUUCUGGAUUUAUUCUAGAUGAUGGUAAUAUAGCCUUCUUUGGAGUGGUGAUUUUUAUUGGAGGUGUCUUAGCCUUUAUGUUAGCUCAUUGCGUCUUCAGGACUUUUGAGAUAUGCGUGGAUACUAUAUUCCUCUGCUACUGUGAAGACACAUUUAUCCACGACGGCAUUGAACGACCAUACUAUGCUCCUCCAGAGAUGCAAGCAUUAGUAGAUGAAGCUAAAGGAAUUGUUGAAGAGGAGAAAAUGUACAACUCGAUCAAAACACAAGAGUUGCCACAAAGCUUCGUUUGAGUUCAUUGCUCAUGUAAAAUAAAAUUUAUUAUCCGA